AUGAAUGUACCAUCAAGCCUUAUAGAUACGAUCGAACGUAGUGGAUCAUCAUCAAGCUCGAGUGGCACUUCUAGUUCUUUGAAUAGUCGUGGCCUGAAUAGUAACAUUUUGCAUACGCCCGUUCGUUCCGACGAUUCAGACGAUAGUCAUAAUUCAAGAGAAAACUCUGGUAAUUCUAAAGGAAAAAUGAUGCAACCACCGCAAACUGCACGCGAAUUUGUGCAAACAGCAAAUCAAAUGAUUGGUUAUAAAUAUGGUGGCGAUCUGAAUUCAUUGGAAAGUUUUCUUGACGCGAUUAGUCUGUUACAAACGCUUGUUGAGCCACAAAAUGAAGACAUUUUUUUGAAAUUUGUUUUGACACGUUUGGUAGGGUCAGCACGCGAAGAGUUUCCGGAAGAUCCAGAGAGUGUUGAUGAUAUAGUUGACGCUCUGCGAGAUAAAAUCAAACAUGAAUCAUCGAAAGUCAUCGAGGGCAGAAUAAUGGCAUUACGUACAGAUAGAAUGAGUUUGACUAAAUUCGCAGAAAGAGCUGAAGAACUUGCGAAGGAAUUUAAGCGUAGUCUCGUUUUUGAGGGUUUUACAAAGAAAAAAGCACAAGAAAUCACUAUCGAAAAAACAAUCGAAAUGUGCCGUAAAUCUGCAAAAAGCGAUACAGUCAAAGCUAUUCUAGCCGCUUCGAAGUUCGAAAAUCCAAACGAAGUAGUUGCAAAGAUGAUUGUCGAAAUAAACAACGCGAAGCAAGAUAAAGCCGAAUCUUCGAAUUUCAGACAAAACAAUCAAAACAGAAACGGUCGCGGAAAUUAUCGUGGUCGCGGGGGCCACAAUGGCAAUUACAAUCGCAACAACAAUAAUGAUAAUCGUGGUGGUCAUAAUGGAAACCGUGGUGGCUACCGUGGACGUGGUGGCUACAAUCGAAACCGUAACUACAAUAACAACAACAAUAACAACGGAAACAACGGAAAUGAACAUACAAUCCGCGUUAUUACGGGAAACGGGCAGAGCCCGUCUCCCAACGACGGGCAACCACAGCAACAGCAGCAACAAAGCCAACAAUUUCCAGUUCUAAAUUAG